CGGCGGCGGCGGCGGCGGCGGCGGCGGCAGCAGCGGCGGCGGCGGCAGGAGCCCGGAUGCGGCGCCGGGAGACGGCCGGGGGAGCGGCGCGGAUGGAUCCAACAUGGCGGCGCCGAGCCUGAGCCCGGGGAAGAGACCUGGGAAAUUAAGUUUUUUGCAGAGUGUAGCGGGGGCCCCAGCGGCAGAGCGGGACCCCUGGGAGGCGCUGCGCCCCUGAGCCCAGCAUGGCGGGCCUGAAGCGGCGUGCGAGCCAGGUGUGGCCGGAGGAGCGUGGCGCGCUGGAGCACGGGCUCUACAGCCUGCACCGCAUGUUCGACGUCGUGGGCACCCAUCUGACACACAGAGACGUGCGCGUGCUCUCCUUCCUGUUCGUUGAUGUCAUCGACGACCACGAGCGGGGCCUCAUCCGGAACGGACGUGACUUCCUGCUGGCACUGGAGCGCCAGGGCCGUUGCGAUGAGAGUAACUUCCGCCAGGUGCUACAGCUGCUGCGCGUCAUCACUCGCCAUGACCUGCUGCCCUACGUCACGCUCAAGCGGAGGCGGGCUGUGUGCCCCGACCUCGUGGACAAGUAUCUGGAGGAGACAUCGAUUCGCUAUGUGACCCCCAGAGCCCUCAGCGACCCAGAACCGAGGCCCACCCAACCCCCUAAAACAGUGCCUCCCCACUAUCCUGUGGUGUGCUGCCCCACUCCGGGCCCUCAGAUGUGUAGCAAGAGGCCAGCUCGAGGGAGAGCCACACUCGGGAGCCAGCGAAAACGCCGGAAGUCAGUGACAGCAGAUCCCAAGGAAAAGCAGACAUGUGACAUCAGACUGCGGGUCCGGGCGGAGUACUGCCAGCACGAGACCGCGCUGCAAGGCAACGUCUUCUCAAACAGGCAGGACCCGCUCGAGCGCCAGUUUGAGCGCUUCAACCAGGCCAACACCAUCCUCAAGUCCCGGGACCUGGGCUCCAUCAUCUGCGACAUCAAGUUCUCCGAGCUCACCUACCUCGACGCAUUCUGGCGCGACUACAUCAACGGCUCGUUACUGGAGGCGCUCAAAGGUGUCUUCAUCACAGACUCCCUGAAGCAGGCCGUGGGCCACGAAGCUAUCAAGCUGCUGGUGAACGUGGACGAGGAGGACUAUGAGUUGGGUCGACAGAAGCUCCUGACGAACUUGAUGCUCCAGGCCUUGCCCUGACCUCCUUGGGGCUGCCCCGCCACUCACGUCUGGAGCGCACACUGUUCUGUUCUGGGGUUUGUUCUUACCCUGCCAACCAGUCACAGCCCUGCCUUUUUUUUUUUUUUUUUUUUUAAGGAAAAGACAAAGAACUAUGGAAGCGGUGUCCCCACCCCUCCCUGCAGCCAUGUGCCUGGGCUUCCUGUUUGUCCCCCUUCCCACUUACCCCAUGUGUCUACAGCCACCUUGCCACUGAGCCAGAAGACAGAUGUGCAGGGACAAGCAAAGGCUGUAGCGCAGUCUCCGUUAAGGGACUGAAGUGAACACUGCGUCUGCGUGCGUGCGUGGGGGUCAGCAGUGCUACUGGCUUCAUGAGGGCUCUUAAAUCCUGUCUGAAAAACCAAAGGGCUGUGAGUAAGGGAGCUGUGUGGAAGGUGGGACUCGGAAGUGGGUUUUGGAAAUUAAUCACCACCCUCUCCCAAAUUACAGAAUUUUUUAAAAACAAGCUGUGGCCCUUCCCACUGUCUCCUGGCCUCUGGUGCUGCUCCUCUGCCUCAUUCCCUCCACACCAUGGCCGAGACCUCUGCCUGGUGUGGCUCCUCCUUUGUCCCCUUUGUUAAACCCUCAGGGGAGAGUAGGUAAGAGGAAUAGGUCAGUCUGGUCGCCCCUCCCCACUGACUGCGGUGUGUCUGUGCACACAUGCACGGGUGGGCGGGGCGAGGCUGCUGAUGAAAAUAGACUCCCCCUGAAAAGGGGAAGGGGGAGUGUGAGCCUUCCUUCCAUGUUCAAGUGAAAAUAAAUGAUGGACCCUGCAGCCCUUUUCCCCUUUGCAUCCUUCUGGCUUGGGCACAGGGCACAGUAGGUGAAAGUGAAGGAAUUUAGUAUCAGCUCCCUUUUUUGUCCACCCCCGCCCCCACUCCCACUCCUGGGCUUGGGAGCAUGGGGCCAGGCCAUGCACUGAGUGUCGCACUUUUAUGUAGGUAGGGAGGCCUGUGGCGUGAGCCAGGAGGCCUGGAUGGCUCCUAGUCUGCUGGUCCAGCACCACCUCCCAUUUCAGCUCCCGAAGGAGAUGUCCACACACAGACUUUAUGAUUAUUAUAUUUUUUUUCAAUGCCAGUGCUGCUCAGCCCUCAGCAUAAUUUCAGUUCUCUUGAAAUAAACAGUGACUAUAUAAAAUUCCACCUUUCUGAAACUGAAA